GGACUCUCAAGUUGCUGAAACUUGUAGAUAAAACUGGUUCCUGUAAACACAUCACUAUGGUUUUGAUCAAUAUCCUUUUUCCUGUUUAUUAGCUUGUCUUACAUACAGGAAAUAGAUUUUUUUAAGAGAUGAUAAAAAAGGUGUUGCUGUAGUCGUCAAAGAUUAUGGUGUGUAUAUAGCUUAACAUAUUGAAUGUGAUGCAAAUGUAUCCUGAACAUGAAUUUAAGAACACAUGGAUUGUAAAAUUUGUUUGCUAAAAGCCACAAACAUAGCAUAAGACUAAGCGGAUGAAUGUUUCAGGUAUAGCUCAUUUUAGGUGCUUAUCACCAGAUGUUCUCUUCCCAGACUUAUCACAGUCAUUGAUGUGUGUGGUGCAGCUGUACCUGCAGUAUGGAGUGGUACACAUGGAUCUCAGGGUCAUGUAUGGGUGGUAUACACCUAUAAAAGCCAGUGUGCUACAGAUAUGACACUCAGGAAAGUGAACCCUGUUUGAGACAUGGCCAUGUUCUUGCUCAUUAGUUGUUUCGCUCUUGUGGUCUCUGCACUGGGGUGUGGAGUGCCUUCUAUCAGGCCCCAAGUGAGCGGAUACAGCAAGAUUGUAAAUGGGCAGAACGCUGUGUCUGGAUCCUGGCCUUGGCAGGUUUCACUUCAGGAUAGUAGAGGAUUCCACUUCUGUGGAGGAUCCCUGAUCAACCAGUACUGGGUUGUCACUGCUGCUCACUGCCGUGUGUCUUCUAGAAACCACCGUGUCAUCCUGGGAGAACAUGAUCGUCAGUCCAACAGUGAGCAACUUCAGGUCAAGUCCAUUUCUAAGGCCAUCACUCACCCCUACUACAACGCCCAGAACUUCAACAAUGACGUCACCCUUCUGAAGCUGUCCUCCCCAGCUCAGAUGACAUCCCGUGUGUCACCUGUGUGCCUGGCCACCUCCAGCACCAACAUCCCUUCGGGAAACACAUGUGUCACCACUGGGUGGGGAAAGACCGGCCAAACCUCAAGCCCCCGUUACCUCCAGCAGACUGCCCUGCCUCUGCUCAGCCCGGCUCAGUGCAAGCAAUACUGGGGUUAUAACAGAAUCACUGAUGCCAUGAUCUGUGGUGGUGCUUCUGGAGUGUCCUCCUGUCAGGGUGACUCUGGUGGCCCUCUGGUCUGUGAGAACAGUGGAGUGUGGUCCCUUGUAGGUAUUGUGUCCUGGGGCACCUCUAACUGCAACGUGCGCACCCCUGCCGUGUAUGCCCGUGUGUCCUACCUGCGCAGCUGGAUUGAUCAGAUUGUUGCUUCCAACUAA